AUGAAGCAGAAAGUGGAUGCGGACCGCAUGUCACAGCCAUCCCGCGCGAUUCUCAUGUUUUGCAAAGUCAAUGGAAUAGUAUUUCAGAAGAUCCAUAUCUAUCGAACUUUCCAAACUUCAGCAUCUAUCUCCCGAAUUUCAAGGUACAAGCUAUUCGAGAGGUACUUCAAUUGUUCGCUUUCAUUCAUCGAUCUGUUACUGUAA